GUGUCACUACUAGAGUAUAUGCGACUUCCGGUUUUCUGUGCGCCAGACGCAAGUUUAAGUUGAACGGAGGCUGUCUGCCUGAUUAAUAUUUCUGGUUGUCCCGUAUUUGUUGUCGACCAAGCAGACAGGAUGAAUUCUGGAAAGCGAACACUGCAAGCCAGCAUGUCAUCACUGAUCGACCUCAAGGCAGAGCUUCUCAGGAAACAAGAAGCCUUGAAGCAGCAAAGGUUAAAAGGCCCCAAAGAGAAAGGAGUCAAUUUAGAACACAAGUCCUCAAAAUCCAUAUGGGAUCGGCCCAAAGCUCCUGCGAAAGAACGAGCCAAAAAAGACGACAUUCAAGAUAUUUCCCAAGAAAAUGAGGACCUACAAAGAUCUAGGGCAGCACUGGAACACAAGGCAAAACUUUAUGAGCAGUUGACCUCUGGAAGAGUAAUGCCAGAUGAUGAGCAGAAUGAGCUGUACAUGGUGAACUUUCAACAGAAGGCCGUGGACUUCAUAAAGGAUAAAAAAGUGCAGAUGGAAUGCAGUGUGUCCGAGGAAGAGGCAAAGGCAGAGAAAGAGAGCAACAUGCCAUCAGCUAAUUAUGAGGAGCUGGAUAAGAAGCUGUCUGGUACUGAGGAAGACUGGAUUGACUACACAGAUUCUUUGGGGAGAUCAAGGCGUUGCUUGAGAAAGGACCUUCCUGAGCUAAUUGCAAGUGAUGAGCACCUCACCGGAAAAGCUGGUACUGUCGAAGGUGAUGUACCCGAAAGAACUGCACAGUUCCUGGCUUUUGAGGCAACCCGAGAGCAUCUCCGCGAAGAGUGGGAAGCCAAGGAAGCAGAGAAUGCAUUCAAGGGAGAUAUCCACUAUGGAGAUGUGCGAUUCCAAGAGGCCAGAGAGCAUGGUGUAGGUUUCUACGACCUUUCUGGCGAUGCAGCAGAACGUAAGAAACAACUGGAGCUGCUCAAUAAGUUGAGAGACCAGACUGUCAAGCAGAAGGAAGCAUCUGCAAGAAUGAAAGAAAAACGCAAAGCUGUCCUGGAAUCACGUCUGGCAAGAAUUCGGCAGAAGAAGAACAUUAAAAUUGAGGAAACUGAAGACACAAAAGGAUCUGCGAGUGAAGGUGAAGAAAAAGAGGACAAUAAUGCAGCGUCUAAAGAAGAAGAGAAAACUGAGGCAUGGAAGGUGCCAGAGGUACGACCGUGGGACGAGGGGAAAAAUCUGGCAGAGACAGUCAACCGGCCCCAGUAUAAAAGAAAGAUUUCCCAGAGAGACUGGGUUGAACAGCACCGAGAGGAAAGAAUAGAUGAGUUUGCCCCACCAUCAUCCUACUCAGCAAACACCUCAUCGCAGAAGUAUAGAAACUUUGCUCGUGGUGCAACAGAAUAUAGCAACACGUCUAACAACACUGGUCCCAGCAGACCUUCAAUGGAAGACUUGAUAGCCGAGAAACUGGCAGAAUUCAGAAAAUACAGUGACACUCAUCAACUUCCAUGAAGAGGAUGGUGUUCGUAGAAGUUUAUGAUACAUCAGUCGAACUGUGCAACUAAAGCUCGUCAUUUAUUGGC